AUGACCGCCUUCAAAAUGCCGAUCGAAAAGUCCCCUUACCUUCUGGUAUUUGGGAAGAUAUGCCAUUUAUCGGUGGGAAUUGAGCAUCAAGCCUUCUGGUCUGUCAAGGAGAUGAACCUGAAUGCUGAGGCCUGCGCUGAAGAGAGGAAGUUACAACAACAGGAGAUUGAAGAGAUCUGCCUCGUCGCGUAUGACUCUGCCAUGUGGUACAAAGAAAGAACAAAGAUGUGGCAUGACAAGAACCUCCGAAAGAAGGAGCUCAAGGUAGGACAUAAGGUGUUGCUAUUCCAGUCAAGACUAAAACUGAUGCCAGGGAAGCUGAGGUCAAGGUGGGCAGGCCCCUAUACCAUUGUGGCCAUACGUGCAAAUGGAGCAAUUGAACUCCGAGGAAGCGACCCUGACUCGUCUUCCUUCUUGGUGAAUGGCCAUCGGGUGAAGCCUUAUAGAGAUGGGAACGAGGUGUACGUGGUGGAAUAG